AUGUCCUCCCUUAAUGAAGUUGAAGGCCGUCUGGCACUCAUCACUGGAGCUUCUUCGGGGUUAGUAGAUUCCUCGCUAAGCUCCAAAUCGCUUUCAAUGAUAACGCGCCGUCCACGAACAACUAUUAUACUGACGCGACAGCACUCUUUCGGUUUCAGCAUAGGCGCAGCAUGUGCUCGUAGACUUGCCACAAGGGGCGUGCAUCUCGCCCUCACCUACUCCAAAAACCUCGACGGCAUGAGCGCCGUGUACCACUCCAUCAAACAGCAAGGGUUCCAAUCAGCAGGAUCACCCCUACGCAUUUCCAUGCACCAAGUUGACGUUGCCGUCCCCGAACAGAUCAGCCUCAUGUUCCAGGAGAUUGAACAGGCGCACAACCAACUCCCGGACAUCCUGGUGUCGAACGCCGGAUACGGCAAGCGCAUUCCGCAAAUAUGGGAUAUUUCGUUCUAG